AUGAAUAAUCUUCAAAAACCCAAUAUUUACAAUGAAUAUUCGCCAUUCAAUGAAUCAAUCAAACAAUAUGGUUUGGACUUGUUCGAUGAAAUUCGAGAAAACUUAUCACGCACCAUCCAGUUAGGAGAAUUGAAUCCUGGCUUUUUAAUUUGGUCACGCAACUUAAAAGAAUUCAUUUCAAAAUAUGGAUUUUAUUUUACCAAGAUCGAACAUCUUAAAUUAAUCAAUUUAUAUCUUUCUGUUCUCUCCAUUACUGAUUUGAAUUAUAUCUAUGUUGAAUUAUGUUUUGACAUGCUUCGUCACCUCCUUCGAAAGACUCGUCUAAUCACACGAGAUGACUUGAACAUUGAUUGGAGGAUAUUAUAUUAUUGGGCUCGAUUGAUUGAUGAUAAUCAUGAUAAAAUUCAUGGAUUAGUCAUUCUACCCAACAAUAUAGACAUUUCACUUGCACUCUGUGCUCGUCAAUGUUCUCAAUACUUUUCUGUAAUAGCUACUCAAGAAAUUCUUGAUGAAUUACGUCCACAAAUGUGUCCUAUGGGAGGAAGUUUUGCUGGCGUCAUGAGGAUGUUCUCAUAUUUCCUUCCUGUCAAUUUACCUCCGAAUCUGCAUUACCAAGGAUUUCAAUUAUGGUUAUCGGAGUUUUUCAAUAUUUGGCAAAAUAUUUACAAUCAAGAUGUGUGGAGAAUACGUCUAAUCGAUAUUUUUUCAUCAGUGGCUUGGCAUAAUAUUGGUUAUAUUGAUUGGGAACCAUGGAUGUCACAAAAUUAUAUGGAAACAGCAGUAGAAGCUUGUCAUUAUCUUUCUAUACUUCGGCCAGAAUUAAUCAUUCCAUGUAUCAUUGAAAAACAUUUCUUGGCGAUUGAUAAUAUAACUGAACCACAUCGAUUUACAUCCAUCAUUACUUGUUUAACACACAUUGCUCGUCAAAUAGUACAACAAACACCAUCUUAUAGUCGAGGUCAAAUUUAUGUUUUACCAUUACUAAUAUCUGUAUUACCUGGUAUCGAUCUGAAUGAUUUCAAGAAAACAUCGGUAACAUUAGAAUUUCUUGAUACUAUGCUGAUGCAAAUCACAUGUAUUGAUUGUUCAUCGGCAGUAAAUAUUCGAACUGAUUUAACUGAAAUUGAAAGAGAAGUAUGUCUAUCGACAUCGAAAUUUGAAGAUUUUAUCAAUGAAUUUCUCAAUCGAAUAUUUCAUAUCAUUGAGAUUUCAUCAGCCGAAAUAUCUGAUGCAGUAACGGCGGAUGCAAAUGAUAAUAAGUUGGACAUAGACAUCCAGCCAAAAGUGACUUCAAUCCUAUUCAAUAUUGUUCAACAAUGUAGCAGUCCUAUUUUUCAAAAAAUUCGAGAGAAGAUUAUGAAUUUUCUUGGUAGUCAAUGUUUAUCACCAAAAGUACGAGAUAUCGCCAGUGGUCUCGUUCGAGCACUUGUCAAAGGUAACCCAGUGAAAACACUAAAAUAUCUUCUUCCUGAAAUAUGCAAAUCUAUUGAGAACAAAUUUAACAGUUCUGAAUCAACAUUAUUAACUGAUUACAAAGAUGAUAUAGAAUUGACCUGGUAUUUAAUUGUCUUUGCUGAACUUCUUCGUGCUCAUGGUGAUGUUUUAUUAAUCUAUAAACAAUUGAUUAUGUCUGUAUUUCAUCAAUGUAUUCAAAUUGUUAAUAAGCAUUCAUAUAAAGCAGUGGCUAAGGCUGCUAUGAAUCUAAUUCAAUCUCUUUCUUGUUCGUAUCCAGUUGAUUACCGACUGUUGGUCAUCAAUAGUGACGAAACAUUCGACAAUUUUUUACCAAUUCGGCUAUGGGGUCAAUAUGUUGAUAUUGAUAAAGUUCAACCUCAAUUUCACAUUCCCAGUAUUGAUGAAAUUGAUUUUGUUUAUGAAUUUGUCGAGAUAUUUCUAUAUCCUGAAUUGGCUCGAUUGAAUGAAAAUGGUUUAAAAAUGUCCAAUAACGAACGACUGAGAUCUCUCACCAUUAUCCAGUCGAUUGCCGAAGCAGCCUUUUGUCUGGUACCUCCUAUUGAAAGUAAAGAAGUACAAAAUCUUACGAUACAAUCAAUGGUUUCAUAUUAUUCCAAAUAUCAAAUUCGACUCUCUAAAUAUUCGACAGAACCAAAAUACCCAGAGAAUCUGCGAUUGCGACUCUUCAUCGAUAUUGGAUUGCUCCUAGACAAACUCGUCGUAAAUCAUUCAGAUGAUGUUUUAUCGAUACAAAAAGCUCUCGGAUUCUAUUGGUUUAUUUCUGAUUAUUAUGGUAUUUAUGAGCACGGAAUUUAUGAUUGGCCAAAAGAUUUUAGUUCUCGAGAAAAAUUAUUAAAAAACAAACUAUGUGGUGAAGGACAAAAUCUUCGUUUCUUAAUCAUUCAAAAAUUGGCUUUAAAGAUCAAGGAACUUGAAACAACUUAUUAUGGUCCAUUAAAUGAGAUUAAUAAAGAGAUUAUAUUCAAAUUGUUUGAACUAUCGAUUAAUCGAUAUAGUGAAGUGCGUCGCAAAGCACAAAACGACCUCCUUUAUCUAUUCAGUCGUAUUCACUUCUCAUAUCAAGUGAUUGUUGAUCGUAUUGUCGAAUUACUCAAGAACACAAGUGAACCCGAUCAUGAUCAAAUCAAAGUUUGA